AUGACUUCCAGCUUCGAAACAAGCAUCCAAACCGCUAUCAGCAACGGCGGCCUUGCCGGCGCCUCUGUCAUGGCAGCAACCAAAUCUCAAGGUCUCGUGUACUCCAAAUCCUUCGGCCACCGCUCCCUCGAUAAAGGGACAAAAUCCGAAAAACUCCAAGUCGACGACAUAAUGACGUUAGCCAGCGCAUCAAAACUGAUAACUUCUAUUGCUGCAUUACAAGUUGUUGAAAGCGGGCUUGUGGGUAUUGAUGAUGAUUUGGGCGUUGUACUGCCCGAGUUGGGUGCAUUGAAAGUUCUGAAGGAGGUUGACGGGGAGGUUAGACUUGAGGAACGCACGGAGAAAAUUACGCUUCGACAACUCCUCUCUCACUCCUCCGGCCUAACGUAUGGCUUCGCAUCCCCCCUCGUGCAAAAAUACAACAUUUCCCAAGGCCUCCCACCCUUCCAACCUUUCAAAACAGUCACAAAAUCCUUCUCAGAACCUCUUGUCGCUCAACCAGGCACAAUCUGGGAAUACGGUUCCGGGAUGGAAUGGGCCGGACGCCUCAUCACUCAUCUAACGGGACAAUCACUCGAGCAAUACACCCAACAAAACAUCGCCUCCCCUCUCGGUAUACGGGAUUUGACAUACUUCCCUCACAAAAACCCCGAAAUUGACACUGCGAAAUUGGUACCGAUGACCCGUCGAGAUCCUUCUACCCCAAAUGGCCAUGGAGGAAAACUCAUCCCCGACACAGCGCCACAUAUUCUAUCCGAAGCAACCGAAGAAAUGGGCGGAGUAGGCCUCUACACAUCCAUGGCCUCAUACAUCAAAAUCCUGCACAGCCUGCUUGUUAAUGAUGGCAAACUUCUCAGGGGCGAGACGGUAGACACGUUCUUGUUUGAGCCUCAGCUCUCGGCUUCGUCGCGCGAAUCUCUGCAGGGGUUGUUCAGUCAUAUUGAGCCCGGACAAGAGAGUGGUGCGCCGCCGUAUGUAGGUACGUUUGCGCAGGUCAGGUAUGAUUAUAGUCUGGGCGGAUUGUUGAGUUUGGAGGAUGUGGAUUCGGCGGGUUUGAGGUGGAGGAGGAAAGGGUAUUUGUGUUGGAGUGGACUGCCGAACAUUUUUUGGGUAUGCCCCCUCUUGAACAUCCUGAUUAUGAAAUAUGAGAGAAUUGACUCUGUUCACCAGUUCAUUGAUCGUCAAGCUGGAUUAUGUGGUGUUUUUGGGACGCAGGUGUUACCGAAUGCGGAUGAGCAGGUUCGGGAGGUGAUUGUUGGGUUUGAGAAGGCGAUGUAUAAGGACUUUGCUUAA